AUGUGCACAAUGGAGAUGCCCUGUGAAUAUGAAUUUGAUGAUUCUUUAGCAUUUACCGGUGAGAAGCACAAGUCAAGUUUAACAAGUUGGAAUCCAAAACAAGUUGAUGGCGGUACUCUUAUUGAUGGAGAUUGGAAGGGUAUUUCCAUUGAAGAUGCCAGGAACUUGCCUGUUACUGACAACCCUUCUUUGGUUUUAAAAGUCCGUCUGAUCCAAGAUUCUGGCAGUUCCAAGAUUCAGAGAAUUUUAAAUGAAUAUACCAACGGUGACAUCGUACAUGGGUUCUUAGAGCUAAAAAACGUUUCUUCUGAACCCGUUAAAUUCGAUGCAUUUUAUUUGAGCCUGGAAGGCCACAUGGUGGUUACUGAUUCACAAAGCAGGUCUAGAAAAACCAAAAGUAUUCUCAAGAUGGAUGAUGAUGAAGUACUUGAAAAUAAGCAAGGUGAUGACAUUGGAUUACCUUCAGACAGAAUUUUGAGGUCACAUACCAACUACAAAAAGGAGUUUGUAUUCAAAAUCCCAGGGCAGUUGCUAGAACCAGUUUGUCAGCAUGGGAUUCUUCAACAUUACGAUUUACCUCCCAGUUUAGGACUUGAUAAGCAUCAUCAGAAGUUAAAAUACCAAAAUUUGAAAAUUGAUAAGAUACUUGGCUAUACAAGGGCUAACGAAAUCGGAUCUCCCAUUUGGCCCUUGGACCAGGCUGAAGAUUUAUCCAUUGAUUAUUCUAUUGAGACUAUCCUCGUGGGGGACAAUGCACAAAAGGAUGGACAUUGCAUUAUAAAGCAAUUUGAGCAUUUCAUCAGAAUAAUCCCAUCAAGUAUAUGCUCUCCGUCUUCGGAAGGACCUCGAUUUGUAGUACGCCAACUGCCUUACAGAGUAGUGAGCCAACCAACUUUUUUGAAGAGGCUGCUCCAUCUAUUUGUCUCUUCAAGGGCAACAUUGGAUAAAUCUGGGAUUAUUGUACUGACUGCACCGGUCCCUCAGAGAGCCCUCUCUUAUCAUUCCCCACAACUAAUUACCAACCAAAAUUCCCUUGAUUUCAAAAACAGCGACGAACGGCAGAAUAGGUCGAGAAUUCAGGAUAUGAUUCCGCCAGAUCAACACGAUCCUCUGAAGAGGCUAUGCGUUAAUAUCCGUUAUAUCUCCAAGGACAAUCAGGUUCCACCAAAGUUACAUUCUUUAGACGUCGAACUCAUAAGCCUUACUGGCAAAUCUAGUGAACAUAUACCUUCGAGACUGAGCUAUGAUAUGCUGCUAGAUCAGGACAAAUUAGAUCAUUUGAGAAAGAAAUCACCUGAAUUUGCCGCCUUAGACGUCAACAUUGCUGCACUACCUGACGCAUUUAGAGCUCAGAAGCGCAAGAAGUUGUCCUCACGAGAUAGAUGGUUCUUUAAUGGUUUAGAAUACGAGCAAGAUGUAGAACUCGAUUUGGAAUAUUCCAAAAAUUUUAGCAAGACGCUGAUACCUAGUUUCACCAGUUGCAUGUGUUUCCGUCGCUACUGCAUUCGUGUCAGCAUGCUUUUCGAUGAUCGCAUAAAUCGGCCCCAUUUAAAUAUUCCUAUUGAUGUAAGGAAUACAUUCAUCUAG